CCUCUUCCUCCAACUCCACCUCCCUCCUUCAAUAUGGGCCGUAACAACAGCAGAAAAGUUGCUCCCUCCAGAGAUGUCGCCGCUAGCGCUCCUGAUCUUACCUCCAACUGCCGGACCUGUGGCAAACCGAUCCCCUGGAAGAACAGAGAUGCACAUCGCAAGACAUGUCGCCCUGCUUAUCUCGUUCAUCGUCAACACAACCACCACCACCGUCCACUCCGCAACCACCAUUAACUUGGCUCUUCGCCUCCGCAACCACCAACCACCACUAACCUGCCUUUUUCUCCUCAGCCAUUUCCACUACUACUCUGAACCGUGAGUGAAGCUCGUCUUUAUGUGAAUAAAAGAUAUGUUCUUGUUUUUCUUUGGAUGAAAUUGAUGGAGAAAACAUGAUUCUGUGAAUAUAGUAAUGAAAAUAAUGAAAUAAAGAUUUUCGAUUUUU